AUGCUGAGUCUUCAAACCGGUAACAUCUAGCGCAAAUCCGGUUCAAUCGCGGUGAGUAGUGAAAGUGUAAUUUAAACGUUUGAUUAUUCACAUUUUGAAAACUUAUCUCUGUAAUGGAAAAUGCGUCAAUAAUACUAGUGGAUUUUUCUGUUAUCUCAUUCCCAUAUACUGAAGAACCGUCUUAUCUUAUUACAGGUGUUUGAGUUCAGUGAGAAGGUGUUGCACAAAGUCAUUUGGCUGAUGGAAUAAAAAUAAAAGUGUGUGCUACCUGCUUGAAGUGACUCAUUUACUACGCGAGUGUUGUUUCGAGUGCUGGGAACGAAAAUAUUGUGCAUUUUGUGUGGGAUAUUGUCGAAAUAAUUGUAGUGCAAUUUAGAUUGAAAAUUGCGAAAAAAAAUACAUAUUUUGAGGAACAACACAAGUCUAGAAGAAGAGUAAGAAAAGCAAACUGUCAGAUUUUGAAAAAGGAAGAUAAAGGAAGAACAAAAACACGAAGUAUCUUCACGGCGGGCCCUUUUCAAAUAUUACGUUAGAUAAAAGCCAUCAAAAGUGACAGUUUCCUCACGCAAAACGACAACAAGGGAGUGAGUCGACAUUAGUCGACCCGCAGUCGUCUUCUUCGGUCCGCCGAAACGUCCAUCCGUCAUCGAUUUUCCACAAACGCCGCGGCCAUUUUGUUAGAAGUGUGCUUGCGAUUGGAAGUUCGGAUUCGGAAGUUUGACUCGUCGACGGUGAUUUUGUUCGAUUUUCCGCUGUGUGGAAUCAUCCGGUUCGUAACCGUACCGGAACGGUCCUCUCCGUGCGCGUCAAGUGUACCCAGGUUCAAGUGAAUGCCCGUUUACCGUCCGCGAGUGUGAGAUAUUGGUUGGCAAAAGGCCGCAGCACCGAAAAAAAAUCGUCGGCUAAUCAGAAGCAGCAAACCGAUUCCGAGCAGAAGAGAAGAAAAAAAGGAUGGAGGACAAGGCGACACUCAAAGAUUUGGACCAGUGGAUCGAACAAUUGAACGAGUGCAAACAAUUGACCGAAACCCAAGUGAAAACCCUGUGUGAUAAGGCGAAGGAAAUUUUGGCAAAAGAGUCAAAUGUGCAAGAGGUAAAAUGUCCGGUGACAGUGUGUGGCGAUGUGCACGGUCAGUUCCACGACCUGAUGGAGCUCUUCCGGAUAGGCGGACGAUCGCCGGACACUAAUUAUCUGUUCAUGGGUGAUUACGUUGAUCGUGGCUAUUACUCAGUCGAAACAGUAACGCUACUAGUGGCGCUAAAGGUUCGAUAUCGUGAAAGAAUCACAAUCCUGCGCGGCAAUCACGAGUCCCGCCAGAUCACACAGGUGUACGGCUUUUACGAUGAGUGCUUACGAAAGUACGGCAAUCCGAACGUCUGGAAGUAUUUUACCGACUUGUUUGACUAUCUCCCGCUGACGGCACUGGUCGACGGUCAAAUCUUCUGUUUGCAUGGCGGUCUCAGUCCCUCGAUCGAUACGUUGGACCACAUCCGAGCGCUCGACAGAUUGCAGGAAGUUCCACACGAGGGACCCAUGUGUGAUCUCCUCUGGUCCGAUCCCGAUGACCGGGGCGGCUGGGGAAUAUCUCCACGAGGUGCUGGUUACACCUUCGGCCAGGAUAUUUCGGAACUUUUCAAUCACUCAAACGGUCUGACGUUAGUAUCUCGGGCGCAUCAGCUUGUCAUGGAAGGUUAUAACUGGUGCCACGAUCGUAAUGUUGUUACAAUAUUCUCUGCACCAAACUACUGUUAUCGAUGCGGUAACCAGGCAGCAUUAAUGGAAUUAGACGAUUCUUUGAAGUUUUCAUUCCUACAGUUUGAUCCAGCUCCACGUCGCGGUGAGCCUCACGUGACCAGAAGAACACCGGACUAUUUCCUUUAAGAAUAUCAUUAUAACGAAUAUUGUAAUACACACUACAAAUUAAACAAAAAAAUAAUAUACCUAAUAAUAAAAAAUAUAAAUAAUAAUUAUAAGCAUAUAUUAUUAUUUAAUACAAAAAAAGGAUAAAAAUCGUAAAAAGUUUGUUAGAGACAUGCAAGGAAAAAAAAGGUAAAUGAGACGCGUAAACCCGUAUUACACGAAUGAACUUACUUAGAUAAAAAGAGAAAGAGAGAGGAAAAAGAAACGGAGAGAAAACACUGCAAGUUUAAAAAAUUGAGCAACAGACAAAAACUAAGCCUGAAAGUAAUUUCACCUCACAUUUGCUACUCACAAGCUAGGAUUCAGAGAGAAAACCAACACACAGAAACAUUCAUUCUCGCGAAGAAAACAUAGAUUAAAGAUUCAUAAGGAAAAAGUGCGAAGAAGAGGAAAAAUAAGUGCAUAUACUCAUUCACAGAACGUCAAUCCACGCAUUACAUAAAACAAAUAGUAAAAGAAGCUUAGGUACAGUCAUCCCUUCCCUGUUCCCCACUCCCCACACUUAGAAGCUCAUUCUGUCUUUUGCCAUAAUAAUGAUAUAUAGCUAGAAAUUCGCGUUCAUAUAGGUUCAUCAAUUGCGUGAAAUCAUUUUUCCUGUUCUUUUUCUUUUGUACCUACACCUACAAACACCACAAAAAUGCUGAAAGAAAAACUGUUAAUCCGUUUGAACACUGUGAAGCGUAAAGCAUGGAACUCCACAACGGAGAAGAGAGAGAUACAGGACGACGAGGAUAUAGGCAUCUUUUUUCAUUCGGAACAAACGCUUUAUGUCACAAUUAUUGUUCAAUGCAGAUGCGAGAUAAUAAAGUGUAUAAAAUUUGGAACAA